AUGGAACGUUUGGAAGCAAAGAAUCAAACUACAAAGCACGGAGAAAGAAUGGCCCCACAGCGAUAUUCAGUGUUGCGUGAUGAAAAGUGCCUCUUUCCCGUACGGAACGAUGGGAAACUGCUCGUCGAUGAAUGGAGAGUCACAGAGCUGGCGAUUUCCAGCGGAGAAAAAGGCCUCAAGUUGUGCCGGACAACUUGUCCUACAGCCGGAGCAGAUCCUCGGUACCUUGCCGCGGCGGCUUGGGCCCUCCUUCUCUGGCGCUUUGCGGAAGUGGACACAGUGCAGAUUGGUUUGCAAGACAUACCGCCAGGGGCUAACGAAGACAUACUAGAGGCCGGGCUUAAGAGGGGAAUGAAAGUGCUGGCAGCAUCCCGGAGACAGGUCCAACUGCUGAACGAGCUAUGGCAAGGGGAUACAUGGUCGAUUUCGGAUGCCGACCCAACCUGCUAUUCGUACUUCGAUACUGGGAUCGUGAUAUGCCGUGGAAACUCGCAGGACUGCUUGGCCAAGUGUCGCAGUCCCAAUCAAUUGCGCAAGGCAAACGGAGAGGCUUGCAAUGUGCUGUUAGUUCUGGAACUCGAUCUCGACUCCAAUUGGCGGAAAUGUUUUCUUGCAUACAAAACCACCGUGCUGACCGAUAUCCAAGCUACGCAUCUGAAGUCCUCCUUCGAAGAAGUCGUCGAGCUUGCUAGGGCGGGAAGAGGUAUUCCCCUGAGUGAGAUUUGCUUAGUGAGCCGAAGGCAGUUGGACCAGAUUGGGAAAUGGAACGAGCGUGCUUUAGUCCAGCCUAAGUUCAAGGCGAUGCACCAAGUUGUCCAUGACCGAGCCACGGAUCGACGGCACCAUCCUGCAGUCAUUGCGGCAGACCGCGCGCUCUCAUACAGUGAGCUAGAGACGCUCUCCUUGAAGGUUGCGUAUCGCCUGCGAGGAUCUGGUGUGCAGCCCGGCGACCUGAUCCCCGUGUGCUUUUGCAAAUCUUCAUGGGCAAUCGUGGCCAUGCUGGCAAUCAACAAGCUUGGAGCCGCCUUUGUACCAUUGGAUCCAUCACAGCCGGUGAACCGGCUGAAAUCAAUAACAAGGCAGUUGGACGCCACACUAGCUGUUACAUCGCCAGAGAAUCAAAGUCUGGUAGAGGACCUGGUCACGACUACGGUGGUUGUUUCCGAGACCACUGUGUCGGAGCUGGUGGACGUCCAUAACGAGAUUGUCCUGCCAGCGUGUGACCCGGGGGCGCCAGCGUAUUGUCUUUUCACUUCGGGAAGUACAGGAAAACCCAAGGGAUGCGUAGUAGAUCACGCGGCGUUGGCUAGCGUCGCGACCCAUUCCCACGCACUACAUCUGGGACCGACAAGCCGAGUGCUACAGUUCGCAUCCUUCACUUUCGGGGUGUCUCUGAUUGAGGUCUGGUGCACACUCGCUGCAGGAGGUACGGUGUGUCUCCCGUCCGACUCAGACCGCGUGAGCCGUCUAGCGGAUGCAAUCAGAUCGAUGGGAGUAGACUGGUGCAUCCUGACCCCGACGGUGCUUGCCACGCUCGAGCCCGAGGCUGUUCCAAAUCUGCGCACCAUCCUCGUGGCUGGAGAGCCUCUGAAAAAGGCCCAGUUCUCCCUCUGGGCUGAGCGUGCUCGCCUGUUUCAAGCGUAUGGGUUCACGGAAUGGGCAGGAAUCUGCUGCGUGUCGCCGCAGAUCAGGUCUAUUGGGGACGUUGGCAUCAUUGGAACGCCUGCCAAUGCUCGAUGCUGGCUAGUCGAACCGGGGAAUCCGAACCAGCUUGCUCCCAUUGGUGCUGUAGCGGAAUUGGCGGUAGAAGGGCCAAGUCUGGCGCAGGGCUAUUUGCAUGAUCCUGAGAAAACGGCGGCAACUUUGAUCCCGCCACCGCGCUGGCGGGCGCAAUAUGGACAUGCCGACGGCAAGCGGAUCUAUACUACUGGUGAUCUGGUCUACUACGAUUCGAAUGGAAUGCUGCGGUACGUUAGUCGAAAAGACCGGCAGGUCAAGAUCCGUGGGCAACGCAUAGACUUGGCCGAGCCGGAAUAUCAUAUCGCGCAGGCUUGCUGCACGAUUCGCAAUGUGGUGCUUGAUGCCAUUGUCCCCGCGGAUAGUAAUGGAGACGCCAUUCUAGUUGCCUUUGUUCUUCCCUCGAGAGAUGAAAGUUCUAGCAAUGGAGGGCACGACUCACCGUUGUUUGCGGUGCCAGAUGAUCACUUCACAUCUUCAGUCCGACAACUGACGUCCUUCUUGGAGGACAAGCUUCCAGACUACAUGGUCCCCCGACUCUUUCUGCAGCUCAAGGAGACGCCUGUCACAAUCACCGGCAAGAUUGCGCGGCAGAAGCUGCGGGAAGCGGCUGAGGCGCUGCGGCACGAUGAGCUGGUGGCCUUAGCAGGACUUGAAACCCGUGUCCUUCCGCCGAAUACCCACAAGGAGACCCUAAUCCACCAGCUGGUAGUUGAACUCCUCCAUCUGCCGCCGGAGAUGGUCGGCAUGAACCACAAUUUCUUCUCGCUUGGCGGGGACUCUGUGAGCGUAAUGAAACUGGUGAGUCGGGCAAAGCGCGUCGGGCUCUCUUUCACGGUGAAGGAUGUCUUUCGCUCGCCACAGCUUGGUGAUCUAGCACGUUUGACCGAUGUGGUCAACUCAGGAGCCGCACAACAUAUGCCGCCCUUCUCUCUGCUGGAUCGCGGUGCGCAGCCCGGUCUCCUUUCCAUGGCAGCCAAGAUAUGCCAGGUGGAAAGCAGCAUGAUCCAGGAUAUCUAUCCCUGCACGCCACUGCAGGAAGGGAUGAUGACACUGUCAGCAGCUAAGGCGGGCAGCUACAUUGCCCGGUUUGUUUAUCGUUUAGAGGAGCACGUCGAUUCCCCUCGCUUCCGCAGAGCGUGGGAGAUGACUGUCGAGGCAACCCCAAUCCUUCGUACCAGGAUUAUAUCUGCCUCUGAUGGUCGGCUGUACCAGGUUGUCAUUCAAGAGAAGUUUCGGUGGGAUGACGAUGGGCAACCCUCGGGAGAGUGCGUUCAAAACGGCCAGGACAGACACAUGCUGCUUGGGGAGCCCUUGACUCACGCCGCUCUCGUCCGUGACCGGAAUCAAGAUGGGUCUUUGUCCACCGUCUUUGUCCUGACGAUGCACCACUCUGUCUGUGAUCGUUGGUCCGUCGGGCUUAUAAUGGACAGCGUUGAGACGGCCUAUACGGGCCAGACGUUAACAACGAACAGCAUGGGUCCCUUCCUGCAGUAUAUCCAGCAGCUUCAGGGAGGAGACGCGUUCUGGAGGUCCCAGUUUGUCGGCGUGAAGGCGGAGGUGUUUCCUUCUCUCCCAUCCCCGGAAUACACCCCAACGCCAACAGAGACGAUUGACCUAUCGGUCGAGCUACGGGACGCUGUUCCCGGGGGCCACACAAUAGCCAAUGCAAUCAGACUGGCGUGGGCUCUGGUGAUUAGCCACUAUACAAGCUGCUCUGAUGUGGUUUUCGGCGUCACAAUAUCUGGACGCGCCGUCCCUGUGCCCGACAUAGAACGCAUUAUUGGCCCGAUCAUAGCCACGGUUCCUCUGCGUGUGCGCCUGAAAGAGAGCUCUACUGUUCUGGAAGCAUUGAAAGCCAUCCAAGACCAGUCGAUGGAAAUGAUUCCGUUUGAGCAGUUGGGGCUUCGACAGAUUCGGAAACUGAGCCCAGAGGCGGAAGAAGCUUGCAACUUCCAGAGCCAGCUCGUCGUACAGCCGGCGUGGGGUGACGAGAACCGUAGCCUAUUCGCAACGUGCGAGGCCGGUGCGGCUGCAGAGGGUGGCUUCGCGGCGUACGCUCUCUCGAUGAUCUGUCAGCUGGUGGGAUCCAGUCAGAUCGAUGUGAGGACAGAGUUCGAUCCCAAAGUCAUCCAGGCCCCUAUUAUGCAGCGAAUCGUUCACCACUUCGUGUACACGCUGCAAUACCUUCUGGCGCAUCCCGAUGCUCGCGUAGCGGAGAUUCCAGUGGUUAGUCCUGGGGAAAAGCAGUUACUGCGCCAAUGGAACGGCAUCGUGCCGCCCGCCUCUCACCAAUGUGUCCAUGAAAUCAUACAGCAGCGUCAGAUCGAGCGUCCUACCUCUACCGCCGUGUGGGCCUGGGAUGGCCAGUUGACCUAUGCAGAACUUGGGGAGCUGUCCGAUCGCCUAGCGGAAUACUUGGCCACCAAAGGGGUCCAGCCAGAAGUCAUCGUUCCCGUCUGCCUGGAGAAGUCAUACUGGACCACCGUCGCCAUGCUGGGAAUCAGCAAGGCUGGCGGGGCAUUUGCCCUUCUAGACCCCUCUCAACCGGAACAAAGGUUGCAGAGUAUCUGCCACCAACUUAACUCCGCUGUAAUCUUGACCUCCGAGAAAAAUCGCGAUCUGGCCGGCAAGCUGGCAUCUCAUCCCAUUGUGCUGAGCCUGCAGAGCUCCCGCCGCUGGGGUCAUGGGCCAGCAAAACAGGCACCGGCUACAGCCAGGCCGGACCACACGUUAUAUGUUGCCUUCACAUCAGGAUCCACUGGAACACCCAAGGGGGUGGUCAUCGAGCAUCGAUCAUUCUGCACGAGUGCACUGGCGCUGAACCGAAUCACUGGCGUCAACAGUGAGUCGAGAAUGCUGCAAUUUGCCGGAUAUUCCUUUGACGGCAGCAUAAUGGAGAUGCUCAGCGCCCUGAUGGCCGGUGCUUGUGUCUGUGUGCCCUCGGAAUUUCAGCGACGGAAUGAAUUGGUGGCAGCGGCUGCGAAGUUCGAGCUCACUCAUGCCCAUCUCACUCCUUCUGUAGCACGCCACCUCCUGAGAGGAAAUCCCGAGUUUACAAAGACCUUGGUGAGCGUGGGAGAGCCCAUGACAGCGUCUGACGUUGCCGACUGGGCCAGUAAUGGACAGUGUAAGGUGAUGAAUGGGUACGGGCCUGCGGAGUGCGCGGUGUCGACCACGAUCCAGGCGGCGGUGACAUCCGCCUCCGACCCGAAAAACAUUGGAUUUCCAGUGGCAGGUGUCUGCUGGGUGGUGCAUCCUGAAAACCAUGAUAUUCUGCUGCCGCCUGGCGCUGUGGGAGAGCUUCUGAUCGAAGGGCCCACUCUCGCUCGCGGCUAUCUCAACGAGCCGGACAAGACAGCCGCCGCAUUUAUCCCUCUACCAGCAUGGAUAAAGGAUAUUCGGCCUGAACAACCUCACGGGCGACUGUACAAGUCUGGUGACUUGGUACGAUAUAACGCGGACGGCUCCUUUCAGUAUAUCGGCCGUCGGGACAGCCAAAUCAAGCUACGUGGCCAGCGGAUUGAGUUGGAUGAAGUCGAGAAACAUGUCUAUCAAUGCUGGCCGGGGGUUAUCGCAGUCGUUGCCGUUGAGAUGGUCAGCUUCACUCCUGCCACGCAAACUCUCGUGGCCUUUGUCGUGGUGGAGGAGCAUGUCGAUACCACCGGGGACAUCCUAGCGGCACCAACCCAGGAGUUCACUGGACAAGUCGCUGUAGCGCAGGCUCGGUUGCGCGAAGCUAUUCCCGCAUUCAUGGUGCCCGAGAUCUUUAUCCCUCUUCUUGUUCUGCCGCAAAGUGCGUCUGGCAAGACGGAUCGCCGCCGGUUGAGGAGUAUAGCCACGGCCUGUACACGGGAGAAGCUGGCGGCGUAUGGCGCCGUAGGAACCGGUACGAAACGAGAACCCACAUCAGUCGCGGAGCGGGAGAUGCAGGCAAUCUGGGCACAGGCAUUAAACUUACCUCUAGCUGAGAUUGGAAUGGAUGAUAGCUUCUAUCAACUGGGAGGUGACUCCAUCACGGCUAUGCAGGUAGUCGCUCACGCACGGUCCAAAGGGUUGGCCGUAACAAUGGAUAGUAUUCUGCGCCUCAAGUCCAUCUCCAAAAUUAUGUCCCAUGAGAGUUCAUUGUCACCGGCAAUCGUGCACAUAGACGAAGAGGAGGAUGUGUGGUUUGCCCUCUCCCCGAUUCAACAGAUGUUCUUUGACCGGCAACCCAGUGGCUGGGACCGAUUUAGCCAGGUCUUUCUGCUUCGUGUCUCACAGCCUGUCACUGCGAGCCAGCUGCAAAUGGCCCUGCAUACCCUAGUCUCGAAGCAUCCCAUGCUCCGCGCGCGGUUUGCGAAACAGCACGAUGGAAGUUGGCGCCAAGUCAUCACCUCGAAAAUCCAGGAAUCCUACCGCUGCCGUUCUCAUCGAUUGAACCGUCGGUCCAGCGUGGAUGGCGUUGUCUCAUCCGGCGCCUGUUCACUCAGUAUCCAGAAAGGGCCACUGAUUGCAGUCGACUUGAUGAGUCGGGAGGACGGGGCGCAGUACCUCUCCAUUGUAAUCCAUCAUUUAGUGGUGGAUCUAGUCUCAUGGCGCAUCAUCCUGGCCGACCUCGAGGCUAUGCUUAGGGGAGAAAAUCCCAUGGCCAACCAUUCGACCCCUUUCCAAACAUGGUGCCGACUACAGGCGGAGUAUGCUCGGCAAUAUCUCUCCCCACAGCACGCUUUUCCUACGGAUCUUCCCGACCACUACCAUCAGGAUCCGUCAGUCUUCUGGGGUCUUGCUGGACAACCGAAUCUUGUCCGCGAUAGCCGGCGCCAAGUGUUCACCCUCGACGAGCACACAACCAGACAGCUUCUAGGCGCCGCAAAUGCUGCAUUCGCCACCCGGACCGACGAGGUUCUGCAUGCUGUUCUUCUUUACUCAUUUCUCAAGGUUUUCCCGCAUCGCAUAGCGCCGCUCACGUUUAGCGAGGGUCAUGGAAGAGAGCCAUGGGACUCGGCCAUUGACCUAUCACAGACAGUCGGCUGGUUCACGACCAUGUGGCCAGUUGUUGCCGAGCUGCAGCAGAAUCAUAGUUUCCUGGAAGUUGUGUGCCGCGUCAAAGAUGCUCGCCGGGCGGUUCCUUGUAACGGAUGGGCGUACUUUGUGUCUCGCUAUCUGAAUCCCAGCGGCCGGCAGGCAUUCCAGCAGUUCCAUCCUGUCGAGUUGGUCUUUAAUUAUGCUGGUGAGUACCAACAAUUCAACCAAGCGGGUGCAUUCUUCAUUCCAGAUAUGCCCGAGUACCAAGGAUCACUGGAUGCUGGAGAGCAGAUUCAGCGGUUUGGCAUCUUUGAAGUGUUUGCGUCCGUGGUGCGAGGCUGCUUGCAGUUUCAGUUCAUGUACAAUCGUUACAUGAAGCACCAACUCGAGAUUCAGAAGUGGAUAGAGUCAUGCCGGCAAACGCUCAUCGAAGGGUGUAGCACAUUGAUUGCAGCCAAGCCGAGCCGUACUCUUUCGGAUUUUCCCCUUCUUCCAUUGACGUAUUCGACGCUCCGGGAACUCCUCGAUGUGACUCUCCCUACUGCGGGCGUGUCGGUUGAGAACGUCGAAGACAUCUACCCCUGCUCGCCCAGUCAGCGCGGCAUGCUGAUUGCACAGGCUAAAGCCGCGCACAACUACAAUGCCAGCGUGACCUGGAGUAUUCGAUCGCGCAUUGACUCUCGGCCGAAUGUUGCGCGUCUCAAAGCCGCCUGGUGUGAGGUAGUGAAACGGCACGCGAUUCUGCGCACCGUUUUUGUGGAGAGCCCGUGGCCUGAAUCCUACAUGGAUCAAGUUGUAUUGCAAAACGUCUCACCAGAAUUCGUGUUCUGCAGGGGCUCGGAUUCUUUGCCCCAGUCGAUAUCCAGCCCAGGGCAGACGAGGUGGUCGAAGGGACAGUGCCAGCACAUAAUGCGGGUCUGGGAGAGGGACAAUGGAGAUAUUCUCUGCCGUCUUGAUUUGAGCCAUGCUAUUAUGGAUCGGACCACGCUAGCCAUCAUUCAGAAGGAUCUCUCACUGGCAUAUGAUGAGCGUCUACUCCCAGGCCGAGCACCUCUGUACCGUGAUUACAUCUCUUACAUCUACCAGCAAGACUCUGAGAGCGCGAGACAGUACUGGCAAGGUUACCUAGAGGGCGUCGAACCAUGCGAAUUCCCGACGCUGAACCCCGUUGAUCCAUCCAUUACCAAGGAAUGGGGUAAUCUGUACCGGACGCUCGAGGACAGAAGAAGACUGGAAGAGUUCUGCCGAACGCACAGUGUCACUCCAUGGAACGUGGCAGGACUCGCUUGGGCAAUGGUGCUUCGCAGCUUUACCAGGACCGACAGUGUGUGCUUUGGCUAUGUAAAAUCAGGUCGUGAUCUUCCGAUCGACGGGAUUGCCGGUACUGCUGGUCCGGUUUUCAAUCCUCUUCCAUGCCGCGUGCAUCUGACCGAGAGACUGACAGUCAGGGAGACUAUUGGCAGGCUUCAAGAAGAAUAUUUGCAGAGCCUUGCCCAUCAGUCGUUCCCUCUGUCUGAUAUCCAUCGCCUGGCCGGAGUAACUAGUGGCGUGCUCUUCAACACAUCAGUUGCGGUUCAAACAGAGGUAGCGUCAGAGGCAGAAGAGGCCAAGAGGAGCCUGGAGUUCACCACCGUCGCCAUGGAGGACGGGACAGAGGAUGAUAUGGUCAUUACCCUCGUUCCAAGGGGCGGCGAACUAGUGCUGCAUCUGAGGCACAGAUCGCGCACACUCACAACCGACCAAGCCUCAACGGUCCUUGCGACAUUUGAAAAGGCACUGUGCUCCAUAUUGGCGAACGCCGAAGCUCCAAUGACGUCCAUCGAUGUGUUUAGUGACCAUGACAAGGCGAUCCUUUGGUCACGUAAUAGACGCGUCCCCGAUGCAGUGGAAUCUUGCGUACAUGAGCUCAUCCAGAAGCACUGUGUAGAGCGCCCGCACUCCCCUGCUGUCAAUGCUUGGGAUGGGGCAUUCACAUACGGGCAAUUGGACGAGUUGUCCUCCCGGCUUGCAGUCUAUCUAGCUGCCCAAGGCGUUGGCCCCAAUGUCGUUGUUCCUCUUUGUUUUGAAAAGACGCGGUGGACGCCGAUUGCCAUGAUGGGUGUCAUGAAGGCCGGCGGUGCCUUUCUUCUUCUGGACCCCUCAUACCCCCUUCAGCGCCUCAAGGACAUCUGCGCGGAUAUCGACUGCAGACUGGUGGUGUCUUCAACAACCCAUGAAGCCAUGAGCAGGGAACUAGCCUCCACGGUGGUCGUCGUGGGCGAGGAUCGUCAUCACUGGCAGCUGGAGAAUACCUCACAUACUAUUACCAUGCCGAAGGUUCGACCAGCCGACGCGCUGUACGUUGUGUUUACGUCUGGCUCCACGGGCAAGCCAAAAGGUGUUGUCAUCGAGCACCGGUCCUAUUGCUCCGGUGCUCUAGAUCAUAUUCGAUCAUACAAUCUUACUCCUCAGUCCCGGGUCCUGCAGUUCUCGUCAUACGCCUUUGACAUCAGCAUUGUGGAACAGCUGAGCGUGCUCAUCGCAGGUGGUUGUAUCUGUGUGAUCUCGGAGUCUCAACGGAAGAACAGUCUGGGCGAGGCCGCCACUGCUUUGCAGGCCAACCACGCCAUGCUCAUUCCUUCCGUGGCUCGCUUAGUCCGACACGAGGACUUGAGCACCAUCACAAGCCUAUCUUUGGCUGGUGAGUGCAUGCAGGAAACAGAUGUGUCCUACUGGGCACAACACGUUCGUCUCAUGAACGGGUACGGCCCGGCCGAGUGUUCUGCAUUGUCGCUGGUCCAACCCUGCGUCCUCCCGCAUAGCGACCCGCACGAUAUUGGGUACCCCGUUGGGUCUGUUGCUUGGGUGGUAGACCCUCACGAUCACCACAAACUAGUUCCAAAUGGUGCUGUUGGGGAAUUGCUGAUUGAAGGCCCCAUCGUUGGCCGGGGGUACAUCAACAACGCCGAGAAGACAGCGGAAGUCUUCAUCGAGCCCCCAACCUGGCUACGUACUCUUCGAGGACACUGUACCUCGCGUCUGUACAAGACAGGCGACCUGGUGCGGGCAAACCCCAGUGGCUCUCUCAGCAUCCUUGGGCGCAAGGAUCGUCAGGUCAAAUUGCGCGGCCAACGGUUAGAGCUUGGGGAGGUCGAGGCUAACGUGCAGCAUUGCUUCCCUGGGGCGCUGGAUGUAGUGGCAGACUUGUUACCUUCUUCCAGGGGCGGAAAACCGCAGUUAGUCGCCAUGGUUUUCCAAAAUGCAGAGCGAGCAGCGCGUAUUGCUCCCGAAAGCGACAGCAAGCUCAUCGCAGAACCCUCGGUGGACUUCAUGCAGAGCGCCACAACCGCAGAAACCAGGCUUCGACAAACGGUGCCCAACUUCAUGGUGCCGUCCAUGUUCUUGCCGCUGGCCCAAAUCCCUCGAACUCAUUCAGACAAGGUUGACAGGAACAGCCUCCUGAAAGCCGUCGCUGCUAUGUCUUCAAUCGAACUACAGGCGUAUAAAGCUUCGGUUGAUGCUGGGCACUGUUCGACGCGGGCUCCGUCGACCGAGGAAGAGAAGAAGCUGGCGGAAAUAUGGGCGGAUGUCCUCAAAGUGCCAGUAGAACAUAUUGGAGCCGACGAUAAUUUCCUACUCAGCGGCGGUGACUCCAUCGACGCCAUGAAGGCUGCCGCAUUCUGCCGUGCUGCGGGUAUGGCUUUGAGCGUCGCCGAUAUCUUUGCUCAUCCUGUCUUGUCGGAUCUCGCAAAGGUGGCCGUCCCCAAGUCCCUCAAUGGCUCCUCGACCUCCCAUCAGCCAUUUUCGUUGAGUCCGGUAGACAGCCCCAAGGACCUGCACAUGUCAUUGAUGGAGCAGGGUCUCGUCCCUCCUGGAUCUGCACUGGCAGACUUACUACCGGGUACACAAGCUCAACAAUUUUUCAUUGAACGAGGUACUUUCCACUCUUAUAACUUUUCUAUCCGCGGCCCUCUGGACAGAUGCCGGCUUCAAAAGACGUGUACAGCGAUCCUGUCUCGACACAGCAUUCUCCGAACAAAGUUCCUACAAUACGAGGGCCGUCUGAUACAGAUUGUCCUCGAUAACCUGGAGACCCCUUUCACCCAUUAUACGACUGAUGGAGAUCUUCUCGAGUUCUGCAAGUCGCUCUGGGAAAGGGAUCUGGCAGCGUUAGAUGGACUGGGAAGACUCCCGUGCAAGUUCACUCUCGUGUCCCGCUCAGAGCAGGAGCACGUUUUUACGAUCCAAAUCUCCCAUGCCCAGUGGGAUGGGGUAUCUAUUCCACGUCUUUUCAGUGAUAUAGCCGCCAUAUAUAACCAGAUACCACUGCCAUCAACCACCCACUUUGCCGAUUACGUCUAUCAUCGUUCCUCGCGAGACGAGCGACCUGCCUUUGAUUUCUGGAAGAAAUAUCUCCGAGGCUCCUCUAUGCCCGUGCCGUUCCCCGCAACGAACUGCCAGGACCGCGAGCACAAGACUCAGUGGACCUUCCAAGGCAUAAAGAAUCCCCGUCUGCCCGCGGGCAUCACAAUGGCCUCCCUCGUCAAGGCGGCGUGCGGAUUCCACCUCUGCCAGCUUCUAUCCCAGAACGAUGUGGUUUUUGGGCACACCGUGAACGGCCGGAACCUGGCCCUUGAUAAUGUCGAAGCUCUCCUGGGAUGUUGCCUCAACUUCAUACCAUUGCGGGUGAUGCUGCAGCCCUCGUGGACGGUCCUGGAUCUGCUCGCCCACGUGCAGGAACAGUACACCCGAGCGCUGCCACACGAGCACCUCGAGCUCCGGGAUAUCUUCAGACAUUCGACCCCUUGGCCCGCGGAUACCCAGCUCAGCUUCAUUGUCCAACAUCAGAAUAUCGAGCUGCACCACAACAUCGCCUUGGACGGUCUGCAGGUGCAAUACUCCAAGUUCGCACAGUUCGAUCCGUUGACGGAAGUUUGGAUCUUUUCCGAACCUCACCCAGACCGACUGGAGAUCCAAGUGUGCGCCAAUACCCGGGUCUUAUCUGAGGACCAGGCAAGAGCUUUGUGUCGGCGGCUCUGUGACCUGAUCGAAUUCUUCUCUGCUUCACCAGACUGCCCGCUGAGCAAAGUAGUCGAUCACAUGGACCGCCCAGGGCUACUCGCAGAAGAGAAAGUGCUAAACUGA